AUGGAGGGCGGGGGGUGUGCGGGGUGUAGGGGAGAGUGGUCGGGACAGCAGGACAGGAUCACUCUGGAGGAUCUGGGUUCUCUCUCGGAAGAUCAGCAGCUUUCAGACCCUGAGGGAGAGGACAGGGACAUGAUGGAGGGACAGCAGGACAGGCUGCUAAGUUACUGGCAGGACGUGGCCAGGGGACACCGGAUACAAGUGCCGAGAGAUAUGGCUGAACCCAUUCAGCAGCUAACAACCAAUAAUAAUGGCACCCACCAACGAGAAACCGUUCCCUUCACGCUGAUCUCACGCAAGGAGAAGUGCGGAGAUGUCCUCUAUGAGACACGCUCUUAUAAAAAAGCUUACUGGGCCUGCAUCACCGUCGAAAAGGACACGUACGAGCAGAGCGUCGGCUACGGCUUCAUGAGGAUCAUGAGAUACAUCUGCCAGCAGAACUCUCAGGGCAUUUAUCUGGGCAUGACCGUGCCCGUCCUGACGCUGGUGCGCACAGAGGAGGCAAACAGCCGCUUGUCCAGAGCCGUCACUGUAGCGUACUAUCUGCCCUCGAUCCACCAAGCUCAGCCACCACAGCCUCGCGACCCCGACGUAGUGAUUGAGACGUGGCCUGACACUACCGUCUACACCAGGCCGUUCCCCGGUGCUACAAACGAGACCACGCUCAUGACACAGAUCAACACUCUGGCAGAAAUGCUGGAUUCCCCCGAGCUGUACGUCACCGACUCCUUCAUCGUAGCUGGCUACACCAACCCCGCGGCGGCGCACAGAGUUAACGAGAUUUGGUUCAUUCGAAGGCAGUGAACGGUUUGGAAACCUGAUGAAAACACCUGAUGGAAACACCUGCACCUUCACCAAUCUACUGAACAUGCACACGGUCCGGAGUGGAGGCUAAGAGGACAUUU